UCUCGGCUGGGGUCACCCCGAGCUGCGCCGCCGGCUGAGCCAGACGCGCGCUCCGAGGGCGCACGCGGCUGGCGGGAGAGGGAGUCGCUCGCGCGGCCGUGUCGUUCGGGAGGCGAAAGGGGUGGCGUCUGGCGCCUUCCUCUUCUUGCUCCGGCGGCGGGGGCGCCGGGCAGCCUGGUGGGCAGAUGGCCCCGGAGCCGGGGGAAGCUGCUGCCCGGCUACGGCGCCUGGCGCUAGUUUCGCUCCUGUUGCUCCUCCCGGCACAGGGCGCGCGGGGCUUCGACGAGGAGGAGCGCCGCUGCGAUGCCAUCCGCAUCUCCAUGUGCCAGAACCUGGGCUACAACGUCACCAAGAUGCCCAACUUGGCCGGCAACGACUGGCAACCGGACGCCGAGCUCCAGCUGACCACUUUCACGCCGCUCAUCCAGUACGGCUGCUCCAGCCAGCUCAAGUUCUUCCUUUGUUCCGUCUAUGUCCCCAUGUGCACAGAGAAGAUUAACAUCCCAAUCGGCCCCUGCGGCGGCAUGUGCCUCUCCGUCAAAAAGCGGUGUGAGCCGGUCCUGAAGGAAUUUGGGUUCUCCUGGCCAGAAAACCUGAACUGCAGUAAGUUCCCGCCUCAGAAUGACCACAACCACAUGUGCAUGGAAGGUCCAGGGGAUGAAGAGGUGCCUCUUCACAGCAAAUCGCCCUUGCACCCUGGAGAAGAAUGCCAUUCCGUAGGAUCUAAUCCAAACCAAUAUAUCUGGGUCAAAAGAAGCUUGAACUGUGUUCUCAAGUGUGGCUACGACGCCGGCAUCUAUAGCAGGUCGGCUAAGGAGUUUACCGAUAUCUGGAUGGCAGUGUGGGCGAGCCUGUGCUUCAUUUCUACCGCCUUCACAGUCCUGACCUUUCUGGUUGAUUCCUAUCGGUUUUCCUACCCUGAGCGCCCCAUCAUAUUUCUGAGCAUGUGCUACAAUAUUUAUAGCAUUGCUUACAUUGUCCGGCUGAUCGUAGGCCGGGAAAGGAUUUCCUGUGACUUUGAAGAGGCAGCGGAACCUGUUCUUAUCCAAGAAGGCCUCAAGAACACAGGAUGUGCUAUAAUUUUCUUGCUGAUGUACUUUUUCGGGAUGGCUAGCUCCAUCUGGUGGGUGAUCCUGACACUGACUUGGUUUCUGGCAGCAGGACUUAAAUGGGGUCACGAGGCCAUAGAAAUGCACAGCUCCUAUUUCCACAUAGCAGCGUGGGCUAUCCCUGCAGUGAAGACCAUUGUCAUCCUGAUUAUGAGGCUGGUGGAUGUGGAUGAACUGACUGGGCUGUGCUAUGUCGGCAACCAGAACCUUGAUGCGCUCACGGGCUUUGUGGUGGCCCCCCUUUUCACCUAUUUGGUGAUUGGGACCCUCUUCAUUGGAGCCGGCCUGGUGGCGUUAUUUAAAAUCAGGUCCAACCUUCAAAAGGACGGCACAAAAACUGACAAGCUGGAGAGGCUGAUGGUGAAAAUUGGCGUCUUUUCAGUGCUGUACACUGUCCCAGCCACCUGCGUCAUUGCUUGCUACUUCUACGAAAUCUCCAACUGGACUGUUUUCCGCUACUCCGCAGAUGACUCCAACAUGGCAGUGGAGAUGCUUAAGAUUUUCAUGUCCCUGCUCGUGGGCAUCACGUCAGGCAUGUGGAUCUGGUCCGCCAAAACGCUGCAUACCUGGCAGAAGUGCUCUAACCGACUGGUGAACUCUGGGAGGGUAAAACGAGGAGAGAAAAGAGCCGACAGCUGGGUGAAGCCUGUGAAAGGGAAUGAGACGGUGGUGUGAAGGGACCUUAACAGCGGGCAGACUUGAUGCCUCGUCUCCUCUCCCUCCCUGAGAGAUGAGUUUGGUGGUGCAUGAACAUCUGCAGCAGUAAUGUCACGGUGGGUUGACAUGCUGUGGAACGGAGCCCCGCACGGCUGUUUCCAUUUCUGCGGAAUUUGGGAGAUGGGGGGCCAGGAGAAGCCCUAACAAACUGCAAGGACGUGGGUGCUACAAACUGCAGGGCAUUGCUUCUGCAAAAGGGAGCCUGCGGUUGCUUUAAAAGCUGUGAAAACGUGUUUUUUUGAACCAGUUGAAACUUCUGUCCUUGUCCCUUUAAGAGUUUUGGGACUUUGCGCCUCCUAGGAACACAUGAUGUGGCUUCUCUGUCCUCCUCUUCACCAUGCCCUGAGUCGUAUUUUUAGAUAAGUCUCUUGUAAAGCAGCAAAGGGUAGAAUUCCACAGGCGAGUCUCUCUGCUGCUGCAAGGACCUGCACUUGAGGGCCGCUGACUUCUAAGGAGUCAGGAUCCUGUUACAAGCGAUCCACCACCUUGGAGGGUUGGAAGCGUAACGUUUGGAAUUAGGCUCAUUGUCUAGUGCCUGUCCUUGUGUCACCAUACUGAAGGGGGUGUCAAACAUCCAAAGCUAAACAUAGGAGUGCCUAUAGCAGGCGUCACCAACCUGGUGCCCUUCAGAUAUUUUGGACUCCAACUCUCAUCAGCCUCAGCCAGCACAUGGUGGCUGGGGCUGAUGGGAGUUGUAGUCCAAAGCAUCUGGAGGUCACCAGGUUGGCGAAGCUUGCCCCGUGGUUUAAGGUGUGGGUGGGCAGAAUAUAGCUCUGGUUCUGCCAGUAGAUCUCUUGGUGCUUUGCAGUCGAUUGGCAAGGACCUCUGGCUCCCAAUCAUUUAACCAUAGCAGCAGCAAAGUGAUUUCCCUACCCUAAAUUGUACUGCCAAAAUGAAGGAAGCUUGGGGUAGCCAGGAGUAGAUUUGUUUGUGUGUGUGUGUGUGUAUGUGUGUGCAAGUCUUGUGGGCUCCAUUCAGUUCUGGUACUCAAAACAAAAUUCUGGGCUCAGCAUUCUUUACUUCCAAGUGUGUAUGUUUUGCCCAGGCUCCACUUGGUGGACUGCAAAGUCUUAGUCAUAGAAUCAUAGAAUAGUUGGAAGGGGCCUAUAAGGCCAUCAAGUCCAACCCCCUGCUCAAUGCAGGAAUCCAAAUCAAAGCAUUCCCCAGCUGCUUCUUGAAUCCCUCCAGUGUCGGAGAGUCAAAACAAAACAGCAGCGAAGAUCCUGGGAAUGUGUCGCCUGCCUACCCCUGGUCUCGGCAGCGGCAGGUGACUGGAGCACCAGCGGUACCCUCCCGGUUGCGGUGGCGCCGCCGAUCACAAGGAUUAGGCAGGGCGAGGUGAUGGCGAGGUUGGGGGAUCUCUGGCUUGGCAUUGUGGGUGUGGAGCUGUUAUGUGUGCCCCUGCGGAGUGCUGCCCCAACCUCACAGCCGCCUUUCCGAUCCCUGUGAAUGCAGCGCUGCCAUAACUGGGGGAGUGCUGCUGCUGUUUGUGCCCUCCUCAUAUGCCGCCACUGCUCCUUGGUCUAAAGCUAUAAAGCCACUGGUUCAAUAAAAUUAAUGGAAGUCCAAGAAGCCCCUACUUUUGCUAUGAGGACCCCUGAUGUGCCUUGAGGAGACUACACGGCGAGACAGAACCCUUGCAUCUCUGUAGCUCAGUCUGUGAAGAGCCUGGGUUGCAUCCAGACCGAGUUAGUUGAACUUAGGUCCCAUUGGGCCAACCUAGUCAUGGUGUAAGUCCAGUGAAUUUUGGUGGGAACCAAGUUCAGUUAACUUAGAAGGCUAUCCGGCUAAACAGUUCUGCUAGCGCAAGGACUGUACCAUGGAACUUCCCCACUGUCUCCUCUCCCCAUGUAGCCUCUAAAUCCAGGGGUUCUCCCAAUUCUCCAGAGCAGAUUUAUGGGGAAAUGAACAGGUGGGGAAGUUCAGAUGUGCAGCUAAAAGUCCUUUUGCCAGUGGAACUGUUUAGUUGGUUGCCACCCUUAGUUAGGAACAGACCCUCUGUACAUCAGAGUCAUUGGCUCUGUGGUUGUGCUGUUAUGUGCUGCUUUGUCCUGUGUGUCUUGCUUCAAACCCCUAUUGGUGGUUACAGUUGAGCAGAUUGGAGCUGCACACGUGGCCCUUCCUUGAGGAGGUCUGAUGAACUGAGCCAUUUAUCUUAAGAAAGGCUGCUGAUACAAAAGUAAAUGCCCACAGUGUCGAAUUAAUUCUAUGGAUAGCUUCAUAACUUCACUGACAAUAUAUGUGCACGCAGGCCUGUGUUCACUGUCCAGAAGCUCAGUACGUCAUCUUACUGUGGUGUUAACCUUACUGAUAACUGAUCAGAAUAAUUAUAUGGUACAGUCCUGAUUGGACUGUACCGUUUCCAUCUGCGAGGGAGAGAUAGCACGUUUCAGUACUCCGUGGUCUUUUAAAAUGCACACACCACAUCCUCCUGCAUAUACAAGGAUAGAACAUCAGCAAGAGUGCCAGGCUUGACUCUCAGUCAUGUGCUUUCUCAAUCAUGUGCUAGUAUUCUUAAUUAGGGCCGGGAUUUACGGAGCUUUCAGCGUGUCACCCCCAGCCACCACCACAGCCUUCCUAGGGCAGUAGCAUGUUGUUGUUCUGAACGCACAAGUCGCCUUUUACUCAAGCGGGGGGUUUACUCUUGUUUUUCGAUGGGAUCUGGAUGGUGCCGUCCAUUGGAGAAGCUCAUUGUGCCCUCUUGCACAGUUUGUUCUUGUUUCAAGUAAAGCUUUGUGUGAGAGAGGUUCCUGGUUGACUGCACCCAUCGUUCUUAUCAGGAGAGACAAAAAGUUAGAAAUCGAGACGUAACCUUAGCUUGUAGCUAGAUCCCAUUUCUUCCCUCCCUACUCCCCCACUUCGCUGAACCUCUAAGUCUUUCCCUUGACAUUGUUACAUGACUCGCCUGUUCAUCAGACCUGCCACCCAGUGGUACAUCUUCUCUAGUCUUAAUGUCUAAGAAAAGUCCACUUUUUUAUUUUUACAGUUCUUCAGUCUACAGCACGGGGGAUAAUGAGGAAAAGUGAAUGGAGGGUCACUUCUGACAAUUGACUGAUUCAGAGCCUGUUUUUGUUUUGGUUUCUUUUUCUCCUUGACCCCCUCACCCACCCACCCCGGCCUUCCAAGUAAACCUAUCUGGCUUUCCCCAGAGACCCAUUGCAUUAAGCAAUUAAGGCUUAAUAUAUUUCGCUCUGUGCGAUUACAUCUGUGUUGACGCCGGUCUGGGCAAACUGAAAUGUUAAGUUCCUUGGCAGCUUUGCAUUCACACAGAUCAGUUGCAUAAUUUGUGUGUCAAUUACAAUUAAAAAUACAUUCUCCAGUCCUGAGCCAGGGAUACAGCUGACUCCCAACCCAAACCAGAGUGCUUUUGUGUGUGUGUGUGCGUCUUCAUCAGUCUGAGAAUGUGAGCGGGCUCUUCUUUGUUUUCUCUUUCGCUAAAAGGGUAAAAAUUUCCUCCCUCUUAAAGAAUCCAGAGAGAAUGAGCCCAGCUACUACUUGAUGAGUAAUGCCGAUUUAAAAGGAAAUGACCAGGUUCAGUGGAGCAAUAUCAUAGCUGGUGGGAGUUUUGAUGGCUGUAAACUUGGCUUUAGCAUGCAGGGAGUAGGCAUUAAGACAUUCAGAUGUUUAUAAGAGAACAGAAUGUUAAUGGACCCUGUAAGCGUUGCCUGUUUGCCUUGCAGGUUUACCCAAUUGCUUUAAUAGCAUGACCUGCAUUCUUUGUGUGGGCCUUGAGUUCAAAGGCACUAGGGUGUCUUCCCAUGGAAAUUUUCCAUGGUAUAUGCUUGCAUCCACCCCCUCACCCAUGUGCAGCCCUUGCUCUGAUCCUUUGCAGGGGUGGCACACACCAUAUAUUGCCAGGGUGGGGAACUUGUGGUCCUUCAGAUGUUGCCAAACUUUAACUCGCAUCAUCCCCGGUUGUUACAUUUAUAUUCUUCCAAGGUGGUGUACAAACAUGGUUCUCCUCAGCCCAAUUUUAUCCUCAGAACUACCCUGUGAGGUAGGUUAGGCCAAGAGGCAGUGACUAGCCCAAGGUCACCCUGUGACCUUCAUGGCCAAGUGGGAUUUGAACCCUGGUCUCCCAGGUCCCAGUCCAACACUCUAACCACUACACCACACUGGCUCUCAUGUUGGCUGGAGCUGAUGGGAGUUGCACUGAAACAGCAAUGUGGAUGGCCACAGAUCCUCUACCCCUGAUGUGGUGGAAGGAGCGUUUAGUGUGUAUGCACAACCCAACUGCAGAAGUUCUGUUGGGCUGAUGGGAGUUCUGAAGAGCUGAUGGGAGUUGCACUAAAACAGCAAUGUGGAUGGCCACAGAUCCUCUACCCCUGAUGUGGUGGAAGGAGCGUUUAGUGUGUAUGCACAACCCAACUGCAGAAGUUCUGUUUUCCCAGCUGGUACUUUGGGGUUAGCACAGGAGCAAGGAAUCUUUGGCCUGCCAGCUGUUGCUGAAGCACAGCUCCUGUCAUCCUUGGCUGUUGGCCAUACUUGCCAGGGCUUUCGGGAGUUGUACGUCAGCAACAUCUGGAGGGCCAAAGAUUCCACACCUGGGUUAGCACCACUCGUGCAGAGCUGGGAGCAUGGAAAGCUGUCAGGGGGUUUCUUUCCUCAUCUCCCUAAGCCCCAUUUUUAGAAAUGCUUUUCCAUCCCAGCAUGACUGAUGAUAGGAGGAGGUGGGACAGUAUUUCUCCUUCCCCCUCUUUGAAGAGCAUUCAAGUGCCUCUUUUAAGCGGCUGUGUUGGCUGCCGAAUCUGUACCAAGGAAAGAUUAUUGCUGCUGUCUGCCUUUUUUUUUAUAGCUGCCAAAACUUGUUGGCGCUCAAUUUUCUGCGGGAGUUUUUCUUUUUCACCCACUUUACUGGCUCAGAGUUCCUGACCCAGAAAGUCCUCCGAGCCCACUAGGGCUCUCAUAUUUGCAGUGAUGGCACUCUGUGGGAACAGAGCCAGCACUCAAUGUUCAUUUCUCCCCAUGAUGAAGGGGGAUCUUCUGCCAUCACUGUUGCAGACACAGAAGAGUUCCUCUGAAGCUCAGGGAAAGCUGCAUUAACAAGAUGCAAACGUGCACGUUUUACCUCCUAAGAUGCUCUAAGGCAGCGUUUCCCCCCCAUUGCUGGUACACUCCAGAUGUUUUGGAUUACAACUCCCAUCAGCCCCAGCCAGCGUGUCUGGAGGGCACCAGCUUGGGGGAAAAGGCUGCUUUAAGGAAGCUUUGGGAUCACAGCUGAUUCACCAGCCCACUCUGCAGAUUGUUGGCUUCUCUGUUCUUGCCUUCACACUUCCAUGAUUGUGACAAAGCAUCUGUGAGAGUAUGCCCUGCAGUUAAGAACAUCAGAAGACCCCUGCUGGAUCAGGCCAAUGUCCCAUCUAGUCCAGCAUCCCGUUCUCAGGGUGGCCAACCAGAUGCCUGUGGGAAGCCCACAAGCAGGACCUGAGCGCAACAACACUCUCCCCUCCUGCAGUUUCAGGCCACUGGUGUUCAGAGGCAUACCGCCUCCAACAGUGGAGGCAGAAUAUAGUCAUCGUCACUGAUGAUCAUUUCUGCUUGCUGUCACUCAGCCUGCCUUUUAAAAGAUUGCCUGCUUUUCUAAGUGCAGCUGAAUCCAGGCAGGUGAGGAGAAAUACAGCAGAAAACUCCUGUACCCCUGGCAACUCUGUGCUACCAUUGCUUUUUAUGUUGUAUGAGCUGUUACCCGCUGAUCCCUGGCUGUGCUGUUGUCUUUUGGGGGCCAGGUUGGAAGUGACAUUGGCCACCUUCAGGGCCACAAAAAGCCUCGAAAUGUGUGGGGCGUCACACAGCCUGGGACAUGUCUUUAUCUCGCAUCUUGGCUCAUAUACAUGCAGGGUUUGCGCACCAGGGUCCUGUGGCCUAGGAGACAACCUGACAGAUGUGUGAUCAGUGCAGAUGGAUCUGCCGGUGCAUAGGGAAGGGACCUCUUACUAGUUCAUGGAAAACGCGGGCCAAUGCGAUCAUAGGGUCUCUUUCUCCCAGACCCCCAUACAAAUCCUGCAGCCUUUUUUGGACAUUGUGAGGGACCCUGUGGGUGCAGCUCUAUGCUUGAAAAUGUUGAAAACUGUCACUUGUUGAGUUUAGCUGGUCCCAGGUGCAAAUUGGUGCAUGACUUCAGAAUAAGGCUUUCGGAGGAACUCGCAGAUGUUGGGAGUGGACUGUAUCAUUUUGGGCUAUUGGCGUGAGCAUCAGCACUGAAUGCUCCCCGCCUCCCAUGUCAAAACAGCUCCCUGCAAGUAAAAAAAUAUAUAUAUGGCAUGUUGGGGAAAGACGGUCUAGCACCGCGCAUUCCCUCUUGCGCUAGUUCUCUAUUUCUGGGUUCUGCAUAGAGCAGCAAUGAGGAACCUCAUGCCUAGGGGCCAAUGCAGCCCUCCAGGCCUCUCACUCUGGCCUUUGGGAUUCUUUCUCCAGGCUACAUGCCUCACUGACCCUGCUUGAGAGUUUUUGCCUGGCUGAGAAUGUGUCCUCGAACUCUGGCUGUGCUUGGUUGAGUGGGUGGAGGAUAGAGAGGGGUGUGUGCAUGCAAAGAAGCAAGCCUACUGUACAAGAUGCACAUUUAUUGCUCUGUCAGCUUCUCAACACUGGCAUGUGGCCCCUGGAAGGUUGCUCAGAAGGAAAUGUGGCCCUUGGGCUAAAAAAGGUUUCCCACCCCGACAUAGAGAGGCAUUGGAAAAAAAUGUGAGUCGCUUGGCUGCACUCUGAAAUGUCACAAUCUUAUCACUCGUGUCAGGACUCUACCACGUCCUUUUGCUGCAGGUGAUGCAGGUUAAAUGAUUUGGCUUCUGGGCUGUGGCUUGUAUUUGUAUUCAUUCCUUGUUUUCCAACUCGGUGUGGCUGAUCCUGUGUCCAAAGUGACGUUUCCAUGAUUUAAGCACCUUCACUUCCAUUCUUAUUUUUCCUUUAUGAAGUUCUCGUCUGCUCUGGAAUGAUUUCCCCUCUUCCUCCACUUUUUUGUUUGGCUUUCCUUGUUCCAAUAUUACAGGUUUCUUAAGGUGUUCGACGCAGAGGUACAUGUUUUAUGUUAGUUCCAUUAAGGACAAUAUUGCUUAUCCCUGAAACUUUUUAAGGUAAAUGGACACUGAUUUUAUUUUUCUUUGUUGAUUGUACAGAAGAGUAUCUACGUCUAUUGUAAAUUUCUAAUUUAUCAUUGUACAAAAGGAAACAAAAAAA